UUGUGGGGCACCCUACCCGAAUACACCGACGACAACGGAUGGAGCAAAGACCGAAAUAUCGAUUUUUAGACCCCUACGCGGAGCUUCGAUGUUCAUAUCUGCCCUGUGCCCCGUCUGUGAAGCGCCUUUCAAAACAUCGGGUCCGAGAAAUACGUGAAAAACAUCGAAGCAUUUCGCGUUUUACCAUCGCUAACAGUGUUUCUCUCCUUCUUUGAAUGUCAGAAAACAUGGCUGUUGCUGCGUCAGAGAAUUAUCAGUUGAAGUGGCACAGCUAUGGAGCUCAUCUUCACAGCUCCGUGGCAACGCUACUCCACUCCGAAUCAUUCGCCGACGUUUUGUUGGCAACUUCUUGUGGCAGGCAUGUUGCAGCUCAUCGUUUUGUUCUUGCAGCCUGUUCAUCUUACCUAAGUCACAUAUUUCAAACUUGUCAUUUUGGUGCAAAUACUAACGCACCUAUUAUUGUGGUGCUGCCCACUGAAAUUGGGUAUCGGACAUUGAAGAUCUUGAUCCAGUACAUGUACAGCGGUGAAGCGACGGUUACUAAUGACCAGUUAGAAGGAGUUCUGAAAGCAGGUGAUAUACUUAGAGUUCGUGGAUUAUGGAGAUCGAAUAAUGGUAGUAAGAAGGAGAAUAUUCAAUCAAACAGUCAAAAAGUCGAACGUGAUAAAAAGGAAGCAGCCCCUCUCGCUGGACAGAUUCAGAAAAUUAAAUUGGUCCAACCGAUGCCUGAGAAAAUUAUUGAAAAUGUUCAGCAGCCGGUAAUAACUCAGAGUACCGUCCCCACCCCAAAAUCAUCCGAUGGCAAACUUGUGGAAAAAAAUGAUGAGAAUGUAAAAGACCCCGAGAGUACUAAAGUCCACGAAGGAAAGAAGAAUGAAGAUGAAAGUAAAACGAACGGUAAUCCUGAAGCCAAUGCCAAAAAAAGAAAAAGUGUCAAUAGCGAAACUGAAUCCAAUAGGACAAGAAGCGAAGCUGGUGACAAUGACGAGUUGAAUCUUGAACUUUUGGUCAAAGACGAGCCAAUCGACUGGGAGGAGACCAUUGAUCCGUCUGAAACCUUGACAAUUGAUCAUGAAAUGGACAUCAAACCAGAGAUUGUACACAGUGCUGAUGAAGAAGGAGAAAUGGAAGAAGAGGAAUAUACGCCUCUGACUUGCGACAUGUGUAGCCAAACAUUUAACAGACCAUCUGAUUGGGUUCGACACAUAGAAUUUACCCAUGCCGAUAUGACGGAAAAUAGAAGAAGAAAACGAAAGGGUGACACCGAUGACGAUAGUAAAGAUUUUCCACCUCUAAAAUGUGACCUAUGUGGUAACAUGUAUCCUACUCCUCAAGAAUGGGUGCGACACAUACAAACAGAACAUACCGAAGAACAACUCGCGCUCAUGAAUAAUUCAGCGCCUCCAAAACCAAAAAGAGUUCACAGCCAUCAAAAAUUAUGCAACAUCUGCCAAAAAGUAUUUCCCAGCCAUGCAUCAAUGGUUAUUCAUCAGAGAACACACACUGGUGAAAAGCCGUUUCUAUGUUCAUACUGCAAGAAAGGUUUUAAUGUUAAAAGUAAUUUACUAAGACAUCUGCGAACGCUUCAUGAUAAGUUUGUACACCCUAGCUUAUAUGGCAGUAAUGGUAAUAAGAAUACUUAAGUUGUUUUCCUUUUUUUUUUGCUUUUGCAUACCAUCAUGUGGCUAGGCUUUGUAACGCUGCUGUCAGUUAUGAAUAGCAGAGCCACUGAAAUACAUUCAUUGCUGAAUGUAGACCCGGGUGAGAGAGGACCCCUGAUGCGAGUGCCAGGUAGAACUGCGGCGGUAGUGGUCCUCAAGUUCAGCAAUAAAUGAAUGACCCUGUACGUAUGCAAAACUACAAGAUCCAAUUUUAUGAGACGUGUCAAAAACGAAAGAUAGAAAUAAUCAUAGCAUUCGUCGGUCAUACGGAAUGUUCCAUUUUCUAUUUAAAAUUUGCUCGUCUAAAACGUGCAUGACGAUUGAGUAGACUUGUCAAACUUACAUAAUAUCAUGCAUACACCUGUUACUCCAAGUUAUAGAAACAAAGUUUCCACUUGCAGUUUUGACAUUUGCCAAGUCCUGUGUAACUUGCAUCUAUAAAAACGUCUCUACAGUGAAUCAAAUAUUAGGUAUAAGAUGGAUAUAUAAAUAUAGUUAAAGUAAAAAUCCACUACAGAAAAGCAAAACUAAAAUCGGAAAAAAAAAAAAAUAUUAACAUGUAGUUGCAAAAUAGUAGACGACAAAGCAAUACCA